CGUGCAUUUUGCCCUGCUGCGCGCUUCCUUAACAACUCAACUGUACUCGUGUUCACGUUUAUUGGCUCAGAGUGACUCGUUUCCCAUAUAGGAGAUUUUACACUGACCUGGCUCCUUGGAACGGUUUCCAACAACACAAUUCACACGAAAUGUCUAAAUUGGAGCAGGUCCUUGAUCUUGAACCACCGUAUGAUCUCAAAUUUAAAGGACCCUUCACAGAAGUGGUGACCACAAACCUCAAGCUCAAAAAUCCCUCUGACAGAAAAGUAUGCUUCAAAGUGAAGACGACUGCACCCCGCCGGUACUGUGUACGGCCCAACAGCGGCGUGAUUGAGUCAGGAGCCACUGUCACUGUCUCUGUAAUGCUCCAGCCCUUUGAAUAUGACCCCAAUGAAAAAAGUAAACACAAAUUCAUGGUACAGACAAUCUUUGCACCAUCCACUGCUACAGACAUGGACGCAGUGUGGAAAGAUGCGAAGCUAGAUGAUCUGAUGGACUCCAAGCUGAGAUGUGUGUUUGAACUGCCCUCUGAAAACGAUAAAAUGAAUGAUGUCGAUGCAACCAAAGCUGCACCCGUCCUCAACUCCAAAGCAGAUGGCACGUCGGCGCCAAGGCCCAGCAGCGCGUCCAUGGAUGACUCUGAGAUGAAGAAACUGAUGGCUGAGUGCAAGAGGCUGCAGUACGAUGUGGGCAAACUCUCAGACGAGAACAGACAACUCAAGGACGAGGGCCUGAGGAUGAGGAAGUCCCACCGGUCAGACGACAUGGUCACCGGCUCGGGCGCCAUGAUGAGCAAACAGCACUCUUCCAGCUCCCUCCCCUCGCUAAUGGUCGUCAUAGCAGCUAUCUUCAUCGGAUUCUUCCUAGGGAAGUUCGUCUUGUAGGGGUGGGGAGGGGGUGGGCGAGAGAGAAGGAAAGCGGGCCGGCAUAGCCUCUCAUUUGUCUCCCAAGACCCUCAAGGUUAAAGUGUGUGUUAUCGUUGACCUGCCAUUAUCAGUGAUAGUGUCAGCUCACUGCGUAUGUACAUAUGUUCUGUGUACCCGAAUAAUAAACUGGCCUCGCCUUUUACAAUCUCACACGGUUAAUACACAUGUGUGGGAAAACAGAGAGGAAUGAGCUUUCUCUGGGUUUUUUUUGGGGGGGGGGGGGGGGGUGUUCUGUUCAGACGUUCUGUUCUUUUUCUGGGGUGAGGCAUCAGGGGAGGGAGGUUUUCUUAACUCAAAUUUUACACUUGUUAGAGCAUCGAUAACAGGCGAUUCGGGGUAUUGGGUUCAAGACUUUGGUUGAACAAUUCUAAUGAGUUCUCUUUCACUCUGUGGUUUUAAUAAGAGUUGGAAUGUUCAGUGUCUUGUAUGUUAUUUUAAUCAUUUUAAUAAAAUGGGAUGGGGGGGAAACCUUCCAAGCAAAAGACUGCUACAUGUUGCUGGAUGGCCUCUUACAUUGAAAUGUUCACUGAAUUCUUAAAUCCUUAAUUUUUCUUGAGGAAUGUGAAACAAUACAGUAUGCUGGGAAUAUAGGUUUCUCCUUCCAUGGACAUUUCCUGUUUCCUACUGACACACACAGAAUUAUUAUUACAUUUCUUUCUAGAUUAUUUUUUUUCUUUACACAAAUGAUAUAUCCCUCGUGAGGCAAAUGUUGACUGAAAAGAUCUCUCUGUUCUUGCAGUCCUGUCCCAUGGUAUUUAACAUUGAAAUAAAAUGUUUAACACUA